AUGGCUUCUGAGAAGCCGUCUUCAAUCACUCUGCCUCCACCUACAACAUCCGGUCGCCAAAUCAGCCCCUCGCCUCAGGGUCUAAGGCAACGGCCACUGGGGAGAGCAUCGACAUUUGCGGAAGGAAAUCCCGCGCUUAACCGGCGACGAAGCUCGUUCCUUUCUGAGACCUUCUCCGAGACACGAAAGUCCCUGCGCACAUCCACCGACGAUAUAUUACUACCUCGUGCAAAGGAUGAAGACGGUUUCCACGACCAUGACGAUGGUUCGCAUUGGCAGUCGCUGCCUUUGGGCCUUGCACUACUGCCCGCCGUUGGUGGUUUGUUCUUCAAGAAUGGAAGUGCCUUCAUUACUGACGUGACCCUGCUGGGUCUGGCCGCGAUCUUCAUGAAUUGGGCUCUCAGGUCUCCAUGGGAUUGGUAUCGUGCAGCCCAGACGCCUAUAUUGAUGGACUCGACAAUUCCAGCCGUCUUCACUCCGAUCGAUGAGGAGGAUGAAGAACACGACCCACUUUCUCCUAGCGCGGUUGCUGAGGAGGGCGCAACUAAAGAUAGGCCUAACACGAGCAAUUUGACUGCCAAGCCUGUCAAUGCAGACGCGGCGGCUGCGCAGAAGGAGCUUCGCGUACAUGAGCUCCUUGCGUUGUUAUCUUGUUUUGUCUUUCCGCUAAUCGCCGCCUGGCUCCUGCACAGCAUCAGAUCACAACUCUCUAGGCCAUCAGAGGGCUUGGUCUCCAACUACAAUCUCAGCAUAUUCGUCCUUGUCGCCGAGAUACGACCUAUAUCCCACUUGAUCAAGAUGGUGCAGCGGAGGACUCUAUUCUUGCAGCGACGAGCGAAUAUGGACUUCCUGAACGACUCAAGUCGCGCGGACAGUCAGCAAUUUCACGACCUCACCCACAGGCUAGACGAACUGGAAGUAUACGUGGCGGACCGUGCUGCCAAGUCAGGCAAGCAAAAUGAUGAGCAAGUCAACGUCGAUGCACUCGUAGCCAGAACAACAGCGACCGUUGCCUCGGAGGUCAAGAAGACUGUGCAACCGGAGGUUGAUGCUUUGAACAGAGCCAUGCGUCGAUAUGAGAAGCGAUCGACAAUCUCAUCGGUCCAGAUCGAAGCUCGGCUACAAGACCUCGAGACUCGGCUCAAUGAUGUGGUGUCCCUGGCUGCGGCUGCUCAGCGAAAUGCAGAUCGGAUACCCAACAACUACGUCGUUAUUCUAACCAACUGGGCUUGUGCUGUCGUUGUUGUGCCAAUUCAAUACCUGUUUCACCUUGCAAGUCUUCCAUCAAAAGCUCUGAUGUCGGCUCUCGCUGUUCCGCGGAGAUACCUGACGAGGAGGUCGAAGUUCCCGCCGCCGAAGGAGAGUCGGGCGCCGAGAAAGGGCGCUGCACCACGGUCAGGCGAACGCGAAAGGCGACUGAAAGUGCCGCCCUAG